AUGCGGCUUCUCCAAAGCUGCGCGAGGCGAAUAGGCCCACGCCAGAGAUGGUGCAUAUACAGACCUGAUAGUACCAAUCAACUGCAGCAAGCUUUCGCCCACUUGACUAAAACUCGCCACUACUCGAUAGCAUUCGACUCCUCCCUCCAACACCACGAAAUCACGCCGAGUCGCCUAGACUCCAAAGCGCACCCGCUCGGAUGGCAAACCAUCCAAGCCCAAGUCGAGCCCUAUUUUACACAGAACUGGAAGUUCUCCAGCGAAAAGGCGAAACAGGGGUUCCUCGCGGUGGGAUUCUCGCAGGCAUUUAGUCGGUUCUUUCCACUCACGCUGAACGAUCGAGUGGAAGGGACGUGUAAAAUGCAUUAUUUGGCUUUGUUGAUUGAUGAUCAAUUGGAGAAGAUGAGUUUGUCGGAUAUGUUGUCGUACCGUGAGCGAAUCAUACGCAUUGCGCACGGUGAAGAAUCACCAAACCGGGACAUAUGUAUUGAGUGGAUGCUAUCAGAUACGCUCCAACUCAUGCGAGAUCUUGAUGAAGUCCUCGCUAAGGAUCUCAUCGAAGGAUUCUGCACGUUGCUGCGGGCACAGACGGCGCAGGAACGGCUAUCUGUAGCACAUUUGGGGCCUUAUCUCACAGCUCGCGAGGUAGACGUUGGAAGAACAUUCUACGCCGCUCUCAUCCGAUACGGCGCGAAACUUCAUCUCAGUUCAUCUGAACUCGCGCAGACGGCUGCGUUGGAAAGCUGCGCGUUCCGAUUCAUGGGUGUGUUGAAUGAUAUUUACAGCUGGGAUCGUGAAUGGAAAGUCUACCAGGAGGAUUCCUCGGAUGGAGCUAGACCUUUCUCGGCCGUUUACAUUCUAGCCCAAGAGACCGGGUUGUCAUUCACGGCUUGUAAGAGAUUGCUUUACUCCUAUUGUCGGGAAUUAGAGCUCGUUCUCAAGCAAUCUGGCGAAGAUAUCAAGCAAAGAAAUGGGGGCACGUUGAGCCCCGAUAUGGCCAGUUACAUCAAAAGUCUGGAGUACUUGAUGAACGGGAUCGAACACUGGAGCCAAUGGACACCGCGCUACAAAUGA